AUGCGCUCCAUACGCCUAUUGCUGGCACUCCCGUGCCUGAUGUCGCCAGUGAUGGCGAGAGUCGACCCCCUCAAUUCCGGGCGUACACUGACCGGCUGGGACUGCUGCAAACCGGCGUGUGCUUGGUCCAAUCUGGCCUCUCAGGGCGGUGCAUCACCCAUGUCGCUCGCCAACGGCCAACGCGAGGACAGCGGCUGCAGCAGGACCCCGGGCAACGCCUACCUCUGCUCCGACUACAGCCCCCACAUUGUCGACGAGCAGCUGUCCUAUGCCUUCGCCGUGACCAAUGGCACGGCGGACUGCUGCAAGUGCUUCGAGCUCACCUGGAAGGACGGCCCCGUCGCCGGCAAGCGCGUCCAAGUGCAGGUCAUCAACGCGGGCGGCGACGUCAACACCGAGACGGGCCGCGACUUUGUGAUUGUCACGCCCGGCGGCGGCGUGGGUCCCAAUGGGGGCGGCUGCAAUGCGCAGUACGGUGCCAACUGGGGCCGGCCGUACGGCGGCGUGACGAGCCGCGAAGACUGCGCGUCGUUGCCGAGCUCGCUGGAGAGCGGAUGCUACUGGCGGUGGAACUGGGCGCGGGGCGACGUCAACAACUGGAACGUGUCGUAUGUACCGAUUACGUGCCCAGACUACCAUACACAGAUCUCGGGGUGUUCGGCAGGGCGGUAA